AUGUUUUGCUUCCAUUGUCCUCCGGCCCUCCAUCCUGCUGCGGCCAGACAGUUUGGUGUAGACUUGUCCUAUCAGCACCAUCACCAUCCUUAUGCUGGAUAUGGCCUGGGUAACGAUUUUCAAGACGACAAUUUUGCAAGAAGGAAACAGAGAAGAAACAGAACUACCUUUACUCUUCAGCAGCUAGAGGAAUUAGAAAAAGCCUUUGCACAAACUCAUUAUCCAGACGUUUUUACGCGGGAAGACCUGGCAAUGAGGAUUAAUCUUACAGAAGCUCGUGUUCAGGUGUGGUUUCAAAAUCGUAGAGCAAAAUGGCGAAAGAGCGAGAGGUUUACAACACAGCAGUCUAAAUCGGGGACAUCUAGCCAAAAUGAUGUCGCUGAGGGUGAAUUGUUGUCGGAAGGUGAAGAAACAAAACUUGAGGAUGAAUUGGAAGUUGAGACCGUUACAAGCACCGAGCUGACCUCGGAGAGUGACUCUCAAGCUGCAAAACUUCUGGACGUGAUUUCAGGAGAGAAUGAAGGGAUCUCGCCAGAACCAGGUUGUAACAAAGCAGACGAACAAGCAUCUCAAAAAGAAGACGAGUCAUCAGAUUUAGAAAUAUCCAACUCAGCUAAAAAUGAGGAGGAAGGUCAAAGAAUGAAAGAAAAAUCAGAAGAUGCUGAUAGUGACAAUGUGAUUGUUGCAAGUGAUGUCAAGGAGGAAGACAGUGAUGACGUCAUACCUACUCCAAAUAACACCCAAACACCUAGCAGAAUCCCUAGUUCUUUACCUAGUUUAUUUUCUGGAAUGCACAAUAUGUGUUCUUCAUCAUCACUUUUGAUGAGCAUGGCCAGCCAAUCACACGACAGCAUGCUAUUACAGAAACAACAACAAUUCAUACAACCCUCUUUCGUUCAGACACUUCUGGCUCUUAACAACAAUGUUGUUAACAGACAAUCAAUGCUACCAUUUAUGGAGGGGUCCGCCUACAAGAAUUAUCUGGAGAACUAUCUUAAUUCACCAAGACAUUACCUCCCUCCAGUUCCACAUCCUGCUUUUAAAGGAUGUUUACCGUUUUGUGGUUGCUGUUCUCGGCCUGGUUGCCCUCCAAGGGUUGUUUCUUCUGACCAGAGAACAUCUAGUGUUGCUGAACUGCGCAGGCGUGCACGUGAACACUCGGAGUCCAUUACUUCUACGUCAUCUCUACAAGAACAAUUGAAUUCUAGGACAUGUCCGUAACAUAUGAAUACUAAUCUUAACAUCCCUACCCUAAUAUCUUAAUUUUUUUUAAUGAAUAUUUCAAGGAUUCUUCUUAAGUGAUAUACAUAA